AUGAGAGCUGCCGAGGAGAUGAUGACUGAGGCUACUGAGCUCAGGAAGCUGCUAUCGAAGAUGGAAUCCAAUGUGAAAUUGCUGGAGCGAGAAGUUAAAUUUUUGAAGAAGGACAAAUCUGAGAGUGAAAAGAAAAUUAGGGAUUUGGAGAAAAAAAUUGGGGCUUUAGAGAAAAAAGAUGUUGAUGAGAGGAACAAGCGGACUAGGGUUGAGGAGGAGUUGAGGAAAAAGAUUCAAGAAAAGGAAAAUGAGGUUUUGGAAUUAGGGCAGAAGACUAAUGAAGUGGAGAGCUUUGCAAAUUCGAAGAGCUCGAAUAUGGAGGAGUGGGUUAAGGAGAAACUGAGCUUGCAAGAGGCACUGAAAAAGUCUGAGGAGAGAGAAAAGAGUUUGGAAUUGUUUGUUGCUCGGUUGAAGGAAGAAGCAAGGGUGGCUGAGAAUGUGAUCAGAGGACUUAACCAGAAGGUUGAUACUGUGAAUGGUGGAGUGAAUGGAAAUUGGGUAAUUGCUAGGGAUGGGAAAGGGGUGAAGGGUUUGAAUGUUUAUUGGCCUGUGGUGGCAAUUGAUUCUACUUUUGUUGCAGCUGCUGUUGUGAUCUGGUUCUACUUUUGA